AUGAGUUUAAUUCCAAAGUUUAUUCUCAAUAAUGGAAUUACAAUUCCUGCUCUUGGCCUCGGUACAUUUCGUAUAAAAGAUCCCGAAACUGUAGAAUUUGUAGUAAGAACUGCAGUUUCGUGUGGUUACAGACAAAUCGAUUCAGCAAUUGGAUACAGGAAUGAAGAAACUAUAGGGAAAGUUAUUAAUGAAUUAAUCAAGGAUACUUCAUUGAAUUUAAAACGAGAAGAUUUUUUUAUUACAAGCAAACUUCCUCCAAGUGAUCAAGGAUAUGAUAAUUGUCGUCAAG